AUGUUCGCGACAAAAGUAGAAUGCCAGCAUCUCCGGCCUAGGCGAUUUGCGCCCCUCGACACAUCCCGCAAAUCGGAUGCGCCACCGCUCAAGGGCAUUGUAUUUGAUGUCGAUGGAACCUUGUGCCUCCCGCAACAUCAUAUGUUCACUGAAAUGAGAGAAGCGCUGGGAAUCGAUGCAUCCACUGACAUCCUCCAUCACGUCCGCGGCCUCGAAACGCCCGCUCAGCGCGCCGAAGCCACGGCAAAAGUCCAAGACGUCGAGCGGCGCGCAAUGCUCGGCCAGCAACCACAGCCCGGUCUCGCACGCUUGAUGGAUUAUCUGCAAUCACGCGGACUCCGACGGGCUCUUUGCACCCGGAAUUUCGAAGCCCCGGUGCGGUAUCUCAUCCAGAAUCACCUAGCGAGCCAUGUCUUUCUCCCCAUCAUCACUCGAGAUACCCCUGAUGUGAUCCCCAAGCCUGAUCCAGCGGGCAUCUUGCAUAUUGCUGGGGAAUGGGGACUGCCCAACCGCGCAGAGAGCCUGAUUAUGGUCGGUGAUAGCAUCGACGAUAUGACAGCCGGUCAUACGGCCGGCGCAGCAACCGUUUUGCUAGUCAAUGAGCGCAAUGGCCAUCUGCGCGAGCAUCCUCAUACCGACCUUUGUAUCAGUCGUUUGGAUGAACUGGUAGAUAUCCUUGAAGAAGGCUUUCAUGGUCGAUUUACCGUCCUCGGCCUCGCUUGCCGCCGCCGCCGCCGCCGCCACCACCGCCCCGUCCGCCGCCUCGUCCGCCAUUGGAAGCUCCACGGCCUCGAUAUCCUCCCCUGCCUCGCGGAGGUGGUGGGGGUCCGCGACGUGGUAGCGGAGAGAGCGUUCGUUUUGGAGGGGGCUUGCCUCGUGGCUGAUCGGAACCUAGUCCACCGCCGAAACGAAUCGCCCCGCGAGCUCUUCCACGAGAUGGAGGCGGCGGCCUUUUACCACCACGGGGCAUAUCAUCACUGCUGUCUGAAGAGAAAGAUUUGUUACCACCUCCCCCACCACCUCGGGGGCCUCUAUUUCCGCGGCCCUCUAGGCGGGCGAUUGGGCGGCGGGCCGGUGUUCUUUUGA